CCAUUCUUAUCUAUGGUGUUAACCUUAGUUUUCCUAACGUACGUCACAUUAAUUUCGUUACUUUCUAAGGAAUGUUUAUUAAAUAAAACAGCUAAUAUAAUUAUAAUCUAACACUAAUAGUAUGCAGUAAUAUUAAAUACUUGUGAUGAAAUGUCGGCUGCUUUAGUUCGAAAAAGUUUAGAAAUUGUUGAUCCUGAACUUAAAAUUUUUAAAGGAAAAAAGAAAAAGAAAGAGGUUGAAGUUCCACAAAACUUUAAAGUGACAAAGAAAAUAAGUCAUAGCAAAAACAAAGUAUCACAAGUUAAUGUUCUUCAGCAAAACAGAAAAUUGACUGUUGCUGAAGCUAAAAAGUCAAAGAGAAGUGAAGAUCAAAUUCUCAAAGAAAAUUUAAGAAAGCUGAAAGCUAUUAGAGAAUCAUGCAAACUUAACUUAAAUAAAAAUAUUGUUGAAAAGAUAAUUGAAAGAGCUGUAACAAAGCGUCCAGUUAAAAUUAAGAAGAAAUCAAAGGAGAAGAAAACUGCCUUCACUGAAGAAGAUUUUGCUAAAUUUGAAGAGGAAUUUAUAGACAAUUGACGUGCUACAAUGAUACAUGACCGAGAUAUAGGAACGGCAGGUCUAAUUCUGAGCAUAUCAGGUUUAUUUUAUUUGUUUUUCCAUUUAAUACUUAAGCCAGUUUUACCAUUACCUGACGAACACCUUUUAAAGAAGGACAUUCCAAUUGUUAUUUUGUUAGCAUGCGCCAUAAGUGGUACGAUUUUUAUAGGAACUUUAUCAAUUUUUACACUUUAUGUCAUGUAUAAAAAGAAGUGAAUAUUUUUAAUGCAAUUCAUAAUGUGCAAGCAUACUAAUAAGUAGUUUGUCAUUUACAUUAACUUAAUUUAUUAAUUAAAAGAAACAACUACAAAAAU